CAGGGAAGCUAAAAUAUCAUUGUUGUCCUACACUCAAAUGUAAUUUGACUGAUCACAUAGCAGAUAACUUUGCGCACAAACAGAGUGCCCUUUGGCAGUCAGCCAACCGGUCUGCAGUUAUUGUGGGCUGUCUUCAGUGCACUCUUUUUCAAACUGGCUUUGCCUCUUUUGGAGUAAUCCCACAGAGCAAGCAGUGUGGACCAAGAUGAGGACCUGUUCUCUGCUUCUGUUGGUUGCAUUUAUAGCCCUGGCCGAGUCUUUCCAUGGAAGACACCACAUGCGUGACAAGCGGGAGCUUUUGGUGCGUGCCAAGAGAAGGUGGGUUUUGUCUACAAUUGAAAUACAAGAGGAAGAUACCGGGCCAUUCCCGAAGGAAAUUUCGAAGAUGUUUAAUGACCGGACGAAUCAAGAGAAGCACUACUACCAAAUCACUGGAGCGGGUGUGACGGAGGAGCCGCAGGGGGUGUUCGAAAUCGAUGCAAUUACCGGAAGUGUCUCUGCCCUUAAAUCUAUCGACAGAGAAACACAUUCAUCCUUUCAUAUCAAAUUUGAUGUAUUGAGCGAACGGACUGGCCAACCAAUAGACAAGCAACUAGCUUUUGAUAUAGACGUAAAGGACAUCAAUGACAACGCCCCGACUUUCCUCCCCCCUACAAUGGAUGUCAAGGUGAACGAAAACCUAAAAGAGGGAGGCGCGAUAGUGAAUUUGAUAGCCGAGGACAAAGAUCAGAUGAAUACAGAUAACUCAAAAUUCACCUUCAGCUUGGUCUCACAGAUCCCAAAUGAGCCCAAGAUUGAGUUGAAGCAGGUGGAUAAAGUGGGCUUUCUCAUAUUGAAAGGAUGUUUCGAUUACGAUAAAGUAAAGAAGUAUGACGUUAUUAUUCAAGCCAAAGACCAUGGAGAACCAUCCCAAUCAUCCCAGGCUGUCAUUACUCUCAACAUUGUUGACACCAACAAUCAUGCACCGACCUUCAGGCAGAAGAAGUACCAAGGUGAGGUGUUAGAAAUGAUCACCAAGAACGACAUUUUGAGAAUUGCAGUAGACGAUAAAGACACUCCUAAUACUGCUGGCUGGCUUGCCAAAUACAUCUUCAUAAAAGGGAAUGAAGAAAGAAACUACCAAAUUGAUACUGAUCCCGUAACCAAUGAGGGCAUUUUAAGCGUUAUUAAGGUCAAGGAUUUCGAGAGGACACAAAUAACUUAUCUCCUGGUUGAAGUAGAGAAUGAGGAACCCUUAACUCUUUGUAAAGACAAUAAACUUGUCGGCGCAAGCGAACAUCCACCUCGAGAUAUAGUCAACAUCACUAUGAAAGUGAUUGAUGUCAAUGACGCACCUGUCUAUGAGAAAUACACAUUUGAAGUGUACCUGAAGGAAGAGGAACCGCCAGGAAAGGAGCUUUUCACUCCAACGAUUACAGAUGUCGACUCUGACUUAUCCAAAGUCAGGCAUGUGCUGUUAGAAGAUCAAGGGAAAUGGGUGACCAUUGAUGCGAAAACAGGAACAAUCACAUCAGCUAAAAUGAUGGACAGAGAGUCAGAAUUUGUUGAUGAAAACGGCGUUUACAAAAUCGUCAUUGGUGCCAUAGAUGAUGAUGAGCCUCCAGCCACAGGUUCUUGCACAAUCCUGAUCCACCUCAAGGAUGUCAAUGACAACAAACCUAUGCUGGCCACCAAUGGUGCCAUUUUGUGUGGAAACAAGGAUAAAAAGAUCAUGGUGACAGCAAUGGACGACGAUGCCCCUCCUUUCAGUGGGCCCUUUGCAUUCUCCUUUGUGGAUGAUGACAAAACGGUGACGCAGCGAUGGAAACUAGACCCUUCCUAUGGUGACCAAGCUGGGCUUAUUAGCCGGACACCACUCCCAUAUGAUAACUACUCAGUGCCACUGUUGAUUCAAGACCAACAAGGCGAGAUUACAAGUGAAACUAUGGUAGUGAUGGUGUGUGACUGCGGAGAGGGCGUUGUUUGCAAACCCAAAGAUCCAGUCACAUCCAGCCUUGGGAAAGCAGGCAUUGGGCUACUCUUUCUAGGACUCUUGUUAUUUUUGUUGCUGCUCUUCAUUUUGGUGUGUCAGUGUAAAGGGAAGGAAAUGGUCAUGGUGCAGGAUGAGGGCAACCAGACCCUCAUCAAGUACAACCAGGAAGGCGGGGGCUCUGCUUUCCAGGCUGAGCCCACUCUGCUCCUGACACCUACACGCAUGGUGGCUGUGAACAAUGGCCAUAAAACAAACACUAUUAAGACUUCUGAGAUAUCUAAUGACGUGGUCAAGGACACAGACUUCUACAACAGUCGAGUGGUAGACAUGAUCAACGUUACCUCACUGAGCUCGCAACCACAAAGAAACACUUUCACGAGCAGCGGGCCGGUCAGGUACAAUACAUGGAAUGUAAACAGGACUAACACCGGCCAGGGAAGCUCAUCAAUGUACCAGCGCUCCGUCAGCAUGCGCUCAAACCAACACAUUGCAGAUCACAUCGACAGGGGAAGCUCAUCAAUGUACCAGCGCUCCGUCAGCAUGCGCUCAAACCAACACAUUGCAGAUCACAUCGACAGGAGACUGUACACGAUGUAUGGAAACCAGUUGGACCAGGCGGGGUACCCGCCCCAAGAGUAUGCCUAUGAGGGACUGGGCAGCAAAAGCCCAUCACUGGAUAAGCUGUCACUAAGCGACCAGGGAGAAGAUAUGAUUUUCCUGGAUGAUUUGGGGCCAAAGUUCAAGACCUUGGCAGGCAUCUGUCAACACACAAUACAAGAAAAUAACAUAAAGCUUUAAAAAAAGGCAGCGCUGGACAGAUUUUUUUUAUAUCGUUAUGUUUCUCUUAAUUUCAAGUUUGAGAUUGUUGCGAUGGACUGAUCUGAUUGGAUGUUUUGAGAAGGGAAGCACCACAAUGGUUUGAUUUUGUAUAUGUGCAUUGUGGACUUAAUUAUCAGAUACAUUUAGAGCCAUAUGAUAUAUUUUGGCAUCAAUCCGAGAAACAGGGAUAAUGUAGGCGAGGCUGUCUUUUUUUGUGUUCAUGCAUUGCAAUAACUUUCAUGCUCUGGUGAUUCUUUAAGUUUAUGUUUUUACAGUGACUGGGAGUGUUUGCUUGUUUUUUAACUUUGUUACUUUAGGAGAGUUGGGUUCCAGAAAAUCUAUUUUGGUUAUUGACGUUAUGUCAGGGAAGUUUACUUUUUUAUGCUUUAAAAUUGCUUAUAAAUCUGUGGAAACUUGAA